AUGAUGGACAACUUCAGUCUCGACGACCUGAAAGAUACACCUUUCGCGGAACUCGCUGCCCUUGUAUCGAAAAUCAAGGCUGAUGGACCCAACCGGUUUUGUGUUGAUUUUCUCCGGCUUCUUUACUUCGGAAGCCUUAGACAUGGCACAGCCUUUACAAAAGACGGUGAAGCCCUUGAACUUAAGCAGAUUGGGCAACACAUCCCAGGCAUUGGUGGCCUUUACUUCUUGCCACGUUUGGCUGCACUUCAAAUCGGUCAAGUGCUGUUUGUCGUGCUGCGAGAGCUGGAAACAAUUCAAAUAUUUUUCAAACAAGCUAUGAAAUACUGGAUGGACUUUGUCAAGAAGGACGUAAAUCGCCGGAAGGAUGAGCACGGCUGUGACAGUCAGAGGACGGAGAAGUCGGGAGAAUGGCUCGACGCAUUGGAAAAGGACGUGGGAUUUUAG